GUGGGAGACAUCGUGGGCGAGGCCGGCCGCGCUUGCCGGAUGGAGAAUCGAAAGCGUGCGAGGCGGCCGAUCAGCGAGAUCGAUUUUGACGGCCUGCCGUCUCCGCACUUUGACCCGCUGCUGAAGCGGAACAAGAAGAUGUACCACAAUUUGUUGAAGGAUCUCUCGUCUCGCGGGCUCCUGCUCGCCACCCUGGCCCCUUCGGAACAGGCGGGCCUGUUCUUCGCGAAGCAGGCUGACAGCGACAAGAUGCGGAUGAUCGUGGACGCCCGCCCAGCGGACGCCUGGUUCGGCGCGCCCCCGAGUGCGCAGCUCUUGUCCUGCGAGGGCUUCGGCAGGGUGGAGAUCCAGCUCCCCGGGGGCAUCGCGGUCGAGUCGAAGGAGGUCGAGGCGCUGCUGGUCGAUUUCGAGCUCCUCUUGGGCAUGGCGGACGUCGAGGACUGCUGCUACAGGAUGCGCACCCCGCUGAGCCGGGCGAAGUUCUUCGCGCUGCCGGCGGCCCCCGCCCAUGCGUUGGGGCUGGAGGGGCAGGAGCUGGAAGGGGCGAAGCUGGGGGCUGACGCCCCAGUCUACCCGUGCAUCGGGGCGCUCCCCACGGGCUUCUCCUGGCCCCUCUUCCUCGCGCAGGGCGCCAACGAGGAGCGGGCGCCGCGGUCUGACCCCUGGCCUGGAGGAGACGCCGCCCUCUCGGAGCGGGCCCUGAUGGGCGAUCGCGGGCCCCCGUUCGUGAUGGAGGUCGGGCCGGGCCAGCGCGGGCGCGCCUGCGUCUGCGUCGACAACGCGGGCGCGCUAACCCCGUCGGAGAGCCUCGCCGCGGGCGCCUUCGAGAACUGGGCCGGCCUUUUCGAGGCGGCGGGCCUGGAACUGCACGUGGGCACCGUCUCCUCGGGCGCGUGCGAGGCGCUCGGGGCCAAGAUCGAUCUCGAGCUGAUGAGAUCGGGCGUGAGCGACGGGCGCUUCUGGAAGGUGCACCUCCGCCUGGGCGGGCUGCUCGCCCGCGGUCGGGCGACGGGGCUGGCCCUGGAGAUGGUGCUAGGCCACUGCACCUUCUGCGGCCUUGCCUUUCGAGGCCCCCUGAGCUGCGGGCGCGCCUCGUACCGGUUCGCGCCGCGACGCUACCUGCAGGCCGCGCGCCUGCGGGCGGAGGUCGUGAAGGAGAUCGAGAUGUUCCGUGGCCUGCUUGUGCUCAAGGUGCAGGACUGGCGGCGGCCAUGGAACUGCUGCGCGCUCAAGACCGACGCGAGCGAAAGCGGCCGGGGCAUGGCGCAGUCGUUCUGGCCGAGGAAGGUGGUGGAGCAGGUGGGCCGUCUGCCUGAGCGGGUCCGCUUCCGUUCGGCGCAGGGCAGGCCAGCGCGAGGGAGUGUGCUCGCGGUUGCCAGCCCUGCCCUGGAUAGCUCGGGUGUGCUUCGUGUUUUUGAUGAGGAGAAAGGCCCUGACCCGCUCGCGUCCGACCUCCUGUUCUCCUGGGAGCUCGACCCCGAGUUCGCUGAG